AUGCCUCGAUACACAGGAUCCUGCUUCUGUCGCCAGAUUCAAUACAGUCUGGAUCUCUCCUCUCCAGACGACGCUAGAACGUCUCUUUGCCAUUGCCGGAAUUGCAAGAAAGCAUUCGGAACAAACUAUGGCUUGACUUCCAAGAUUCCCAAAGACGCCAUUGCUGUCACGGCCGGGAGACCCAAAGAACAUGCCGCCGAUAAUGGCUCGGGCAUGGUGAUCCAUCGGGAAUUCUGUGAUAACUGUGGGAGUUUUAUUUUAGAGUAUGGGGACGCUGUUAAAGAGCAGUUUCGGUACAUCUGUGUAGGGUCACUCGAUGAUCCCGAAGUAUUACCACCCAAGGGAGAAUUCUUUUGCUCGUCGAGGGCGAGUUGGAUGCCGGAGGUUCCAGAUGUAUUUCACAAGCAGCAGAUCAAAGAGUAA